GUGUGCAAGUUUGUCCCAACGGGAUUUUGUGUAUGUAUACAAUGAGGAAACGCUGUCACACAGUGCCUUAUCUCUGCCGGUGACAUUACACGUUGCAGUGACAAUUGCAUUCCAAAUUUAUUGUUGGAAAAAAGGCAUGGGAUCUGCUCAUCGGCUUAAAACUGUGUCGGAACUGCGAGUGUUGACAGUGUUUGCCUGAGUCGCCGUGGGUCUGUGCUUGUCAGCUCCGAGGGAGAUCUGAGAGAGUUCACCGUUUCUGAUGGGAUCCAUGGCGAUAAACAUCGUCGCUAUGGUUGCGCUGGGCACCGUUGCCCUUUGCCACGCCGCCCCCCAGCGGACCAUGGAGAGCUUCAUCACGGCCGUGGAGCAGGUGGAAGAGUGGGACCCAGAGAUGGGGGUCCUGAGCGUGCUGAAGACCCUGCGGAGGUUCGGGGGGCUGGAUGACCCGUUCGUCCGACACUUCCUGGGUCCGCCGAGCGAGACGCCUCUUCCCACAAUCCCCUCCGAGGCGUCCGACUUCCUCCGGAGCGCGAUCAGUCACCGGGUCACCGAGACCGAGGAGGAGGGCGUGGUCCUGACGGGGGACGGCACCACGGUGGCCCUGGCCCCGCUCAUUCUGGGCGUGGAGGCGGGUCUGCUGGCGCCUCCGGGCCUGUACCCCCUCGCCCUGGCCCGGACCCUGGGCCUGGCCUUCCUCCGCGCCGGGACGCCCCCGCUCUGGGACAGCCUGGGCCCCGGUGGCUGCUGGGACAACUUGACGUCGCCGCGCACCUUCACGCUCUCCGGGACGCCGACCCCGGCGACGGACGCCGUGGUUAACGGCGGGAUGGACGGCGUGAUCCUCGGGGCCGAGCUCUCCGGACGGGCCCCGAAACCCCCGCCCCGGCUGAGCGGCCUCCUGAGGCUGUACUACCAGCACCGCCUGCAGGGGGCAGGCCUGAGCUCGGCCCCCCGCCUCAUCAGCCCGCGCCGCAGGGAGAACUUCCGCACGCUGGUCAGCCCCUCCCUGCUCCAGGACCAGGUGCGGGAGUCCCUGGCCCUGCACCGCCGCCUGACUGCCCACCCCGGGCCGGAGGAGGGGCAGGAGAGCGAGGCUGUGCUCACGGCAGGGGUGGAGCUGUUCGUCCACAGGUACAUGGACUGCCCUGCCAUAAUCCCGCGGUGCCAGUGGGGGGCGGAGCCGUACCGGGGCACGCCCACGCAGCUGGCCCUGCCCCUGUCCUUCCUGUACGUGCACCACACGUACCAGCCGGGCCAGCCCUGCCUCUCCUUCGACCGGUGCGCCGCGGACAUGAGGGCCAUGCAGCGCUUCCACCAGGACGACCGCGGCUGGGACGACAUCGGCUACAGCUUCGUGGUGGGCUCGGACGGGUACGUGUACGAGGGCCGGGGCUGGCAGUGGAGAGGAGCGCACACCAAGGGCCACAACUCGCUGGGCUACGGCGUCUCCUUCAUUGGCGACUACACGGCCAGCCUGCCCUCCGCCCACACCCUGGCGCUGGCCCGCGACCGCCUGACGGCCUGCGCCGUGGGCGGGGCCCGCCUCACCGCCAACUACACCGUCCACGGCCACCGGCAGCUGGUCAACACCUCCUGCCCCGGGGACGCCCUCUUCUCCGAGAUCAAGGGCUGGCCGCACUUCAGGGAAGUGGAAGUCAAGCCUUGAAGAUGGAGAACAAGGAGACACCUGAAUCAAAAAAUAAAAUAAUUUCACUGCAUAAACCAAAGUAGA